AUGGUUAAAUUCAUAUAUUUAGGUUCAUUCGGCGAAUCAAAGAUUCUGGCUAAUCAACCUGUCGAAUUGGAUAAUAAACUAGCAGAAUGGUUGCCAAGAACAGGAACAUGGAGACUAUGUUGGCGAGGCACCAAACAUGGUUGGGCAGCUCCGACAUUUCACGAGAAAUGCAACGAGAAAAAACCAAGUUUAGUGAUCGUUAAAGUUGUGACGGGUGGUAAAAAUUUGAUCUUUGGUGGCUAUUGUACCGAAACAUGGGCUGGAAGUAAGUUUUAAUAUAUUGUCAUAUACAUUAUUUUUAAUUUAUUAUUAUCACAUAACAAUAUAUUCGUUAUUCUUAUUCUUAUUCUUAUUCUUAUUGUGACUACGAAUUAAAGUAAGAUAUUGUCUUUUAGUUUUCAAAUUAAACUUGUUGAUCAGCUCGAAAUGGGAUGGGUGGAAUGAUAUUUUCGCGUUUUCAGUCUUAAGGUGGCUCCCUACAGUUGUAAAGGAUGGGACCGGUAACGAAAAAAAAAAUUCGCGCAUUGCGGGACAGAUUCGCGCGGUGCGAGGAAAUGUCGCGCGAGCAGGAACAGCGCAUGAUUUUUAAAUGCCGAUAGAUACAAAUUUAAAAACAAAUAUGGCAGCGUGUUUUUAAAAUCGAUCUUUGACGGGAAAAUUUGACAAAAUACAAAAAAGAAAUCGAGGGAAUAUUGUAAAAUUACAAGAGGGGCUUCAAGCUUGGAAAAAUAAAAAUAUUUCAAUCCAGGUUGAGGAAAACGUAAACGAAAACGAAGAGUUUGUUUGAACCAGCGAUGGACAUCGUGAUAAAUUCAAGGGAAAGCACGGUAGGCACCGUAAACACCGAGACGUUUUUAUCAUUGUAAACAUUUAGGUCUGUUUUAAAAAUUAUAAUUCACGUACUCCAUGAUUUGGCAUUAGGCAAAACAAGAAAUAAAAGAGAAUUUACCUCAAGGAAGACAAAUUGUUGAUAUAAACCAACUGAGAAAAGGAUUGGAGAGUUGUUAAUUUUGCAAAGAAGGUAAACAAAGGCAUAUGUGAAGCAUUUAGUGUCUCCACUUCAAAUACAGAAUUAUUUCGAUUCAAAAUUUUGAUAUAAUUUGGUCACUACAUAGUUAUAAAAUAAAGUACUGUUUUUAAAAUGUACAAAUGUCAGUUGAUUAAAUUUGUAUAAAUAUUAUAACUAUGAAUUGAUGUAAACGUUUGAAAUAAACAAUAAAACAAUGGCAAUACUCUAUUAUUUUUAAGGACCACUGUCAUUGAGCUAUAUACAACAAGAGAAGUUAUAUGGUCUAGCUAUCAAGCUACAUAUUCAAUGUCAGUUUUGUGAUCAAACCAAUGUUGUUGAAACAUCACUCGCCCACAAGUCUGGAGCCUCUGGUCCAAUGGCAUAUGACAUCAAUACAAAAUCAGUUUUAGCAAGUCUUCAUACCGGAAUUAGUGAGACGCAUUUGAAUGGCAUCUUGUCAGUUACGAACGUCCCAACCAUGACCCGUGCUUUAUUCAAGACCUGUGAGCGAGAAGCUGGUAAAUCAGUUGAAACAGUUGCAGGGCACACAUGUGUUGAAACUAUAGAAAUAGAGAAAGAAAAUGCAAUUAAAAUUGGUGAAACACCAGAUGAGAAUAAUCUUGUUCCAAUUUCAUGCUCGUAUGACAUGGGUUGGCAGAAACGAGGCAAAGGUUUCAAUUCAGACACAGGACAAGGAGCUGUGAUGGGCUUACACACUGGAAAAAUAAUGGACUACACAACAAAGACAAAGACAUGCAGAGUUUGUGAUCAUGCCAAAAAAUUGAAAUCUACUCCCGUAAACAUGACUGCCGAAGAAAUCAUAGAGAUUCAUCAAAAGCUAUGGAGCCUACAUCUGCUGUUCAGCUGUUUAGUAGCAGAACAAAACACAAUGCUAAGUACUCAACUUAAACUGGGGAUGAUGACUCAACAACUGAAAUUUUUACACAUGCACAAGUACCAUAAGGAGUUGAGAAAUUUAGUGACAUAA